CGGGGGGUGGGGGCGGGGGUGAGCGCGGAGCGUGAGAGCGAGAACGAGAGCGAACGAGACUUUGCCCCCAUGAAGCGGUGAGAGGCCCGGGGCCUACCUACCUACCUCAGCCGGGCGGAGCGGGCUCGGGCUCGGGCUCGGCUCCGGGGGGCGGGGGGGUGGAGCCGGGGGAGCAGCACCCGGCGGAGGCGGAGGCGGAGGCGGAGGCGGCGGCAGAGGCACGGUUGUAGCGGCGGCGGCGGCGGUGGUCUGGGCGGCAGGGGUGUCCGGCCCCCGCCAUGGAGGGCAUGGACGUGGACCUGGACCCGGAGCUGAUGCAGAAGUUCAGCUGCCUGGGCACCACCGACAAGGACGUGCUCAUCUCCGAGUUCCAGCGGCUGCUCGGUUUCCAGCUCAACCCAGCCGGCUGCGCCUUCUUCCUGGAUAUGACCAACUGGAACCUGCAAGCAGCUAUUGGAGCCUACUAUGAUUUUGAGAGUCCAAACAUCAGCGUGCCCUCUAUGUCCUUUGUUGAGGAUGUUACCAUAGGAGAAGGGGAAUCGAUACCUCCUGACACCCAAUUUACAAAAACGUGGCGGAUACAAAACUCCGGAGCAGAGGCCUGGCCACCAGGGGUUUGUCUUAAGUAUGUUGGGGGAGACCAAUUUGGACACGUGAACAUGGUGAUGGUGAGAUCAUUAGAACCCCAAGAGAUUGCAGAUGUCAGCGUCCAGAUGUGCAGUCCCAGCAUAGCAGGAAUGUAUCAGGGACAAUGGCGUAUGUGUACUGCUACAGGACUCUACUAUGGAGAUGUCAUCUGGGUGAUCCUCAGUGUGGAAGUGGGAGGACUUUUAGGAGUAACACAGCAGCUGUCAUCCUUUGAAACCGAGUUCAACACACAACCGCACCGCAAGGUAGAAGGAAACUUUAACCCAUUCGCCUCUCCGCAGAAGAACAGGCAACCAGAUGAAAACAACUUAAAAGACCCUGGGGGUUCCGGGCUAGGCACUAUCAGCAAAAACACAUGGGCUCCUGCUCCUGACCAAAUUGAACAAGAUCAAAACGGACUGUCACAAAACUCUGUAAAUCUCUCCCCCAGCAGUCACUCAAACAACUUAUCGGUAGUGACUUACAGUAAGGGGUUCCACGGCCCUUAUCCUUUCGGACAGUCUUAAAAACGGGUAUCGUCCUCGAAGAGAAAUUUACAAAGAAGGACUGACUUUGGGGGGAGGGCAAGGGGUUCCUUUGGAUUCCAGACAACACAAUAUGGACCUCUGGCUCUGACUCCACAUCCUGGAUGAAGAGGAAUCCAAACAGACUAGUUUCAAGUAAACUCCGUAUGCAUGUGUGAAUGCUGAAUUGCAGGAAUGCUGAUCGAGGCUACAGAGAAGAAAUCCUCGUGGUCAAGCUGUGUUAUGGGAAGGGGGGAGGAGCUGUUGGGUUGUGUUUUUUCUUUUCUUUUUUUUUUAAUUUUAAAUAAGGUAUUGAUCUCACAAGUAAUUAGGUUGCUUGGGAGGGGAAAAAAGUUUAGAAAUGGGAGAGAAAAAAGCCAUCUUUUUAAAACAAAACUUAUUUUGCCUACAGAGAGGCUGUUGUUCUGAGCAAAUGUUAAGUUGAUUUUUGGUUUAUUUGUUGUCCUUCCCCACUCCCCUCCCCUCCUGCCCCUGCUUCCCACCUCACCCCCUUCUCUCCCUAUCCACCAACCUCAUUUUAAAAAAAAAAACUAGGGGCAGCAUGUGUCAUUUUGGAAUGGCUAUUUUACUUCUUGCUCUGAGCAGGGAUUGAUUGGAAGCUCCUGUCAUAUGUGUUUUGGGGGUCCUCUUGUCAUCUCAGUGAGUGUUCAUCUGUUGUUUAAUGUGAGGUUAGAGCAGGCGCUGACCUUGUGUUUUGAAUGGCUUCGGCCAUUUAAUUGUUGCUCUUCCUUUCCUUCUUCCCUCUUUAAUCUUGUUGGUUUACCCUUUUUGGCAUUUGAAUUAGCUGACCUGUGGCUCUUAGAAGAAAACUUUUUUGAAGACCAAACUCCCAUUUCAACUGAGGAGUCCUCUGGGACAGACCUCCAAUGAUGGAGGCUUUUUUUAUCUGAGAGCAUCCCCUACACACAUGCACAUACCCGCAUGCACAUGCACUCUGAAAUUUGUAAUGAGAAACAAAAUUGCUUUUCCACAUUUAUUAUAGAGAAAUUUUCUCCACAGGCAAAAUGCUAUUUAGGGUUUUUCAUGCAUUGACUUUCAAUAAUAGGGCAGAGGCUAUGUGCCCUUAGGUUUAAAAAAAAUGUGUAUGUUUCUUGGUAUAAUUCACCAGCUAGUGUGUGUAGCCUGUAAGUUUUAAGGUGUCACAUGUUUCUCUGUUUUCACCAAAUUUCCUUCCCUGUGUUUUCCCUCAAGUCCUCCUUUGUGAUAUGUUCACAGCCAGCCUGUGGAGGCUGAGCUGCUGCUGUCUGGAAACUGAAACUAGAGCCGGAAAUGUAAUCAGCCAUAGGGGAGAGCCACCUUUAGUCACUUCUCAAUCUUAGAGGCCACAUGAGUCUGGAAAUGAGAGGUCCUCUGGGCAGGGUGCUUUGCAGAAGUGGCUGGGAACUAGGGUUAAUAAUGGGCAGGGAGGGAAUGGGGGUGGGGGGAGAUUGCAGCCAGAGCUGGGGCCAAGCUGCUGACUGCACAACUGUUUCAGGCUCAAAUCUCUGCAUUGCCCUAGCUGCCUGUUUGCUCUGGGAUGUGCAGGAUAUGAAAAUCCCGGUGGGAAGCUUGAACCAGGCUAGAACAGCUGUCUGCCAAAGAUACAAGAAUAUGCAAAGUCCUCUUCCAGCCCCCAACCCCACCCCACGCCCAUUAGCCUUCUCCCCAAACCACACUAAAAAGUCUUAGUGAAUAACCAAGUCAGGAGGGUUAUGUUGUCUCUCAGUGAGUGGAUCUAAAAUGCAGUUGCAGUAUUGUCUGCCCAUUGCCACUGCUAGGGUGGCAUUAAGCUUCCCAGACCAGAUAUGCAGCUGCAGGGGGUCCUGUAGCCUCUGUGUGUAUGUAUGUCUUUGUGUGCUUGAGCAUAUGUAUGUAUAAGGUUUUGAUGUGUCUGCUUGGAUGAUAGUUUGGAAGGUAUGGUCCUCCUCCUCCUCUUGAUACUGGUGUUUUUUUAAAAGCAUGAUUGUAGGAGAGGGGCUUAUGAGAGAGAGAGUGUGUGUGUGAGUGUGUGUGUGUGUGUGUGUGUGUGUGUGUGUGUGUGUGUGUGUGUGUGUGUGUGUGUGUGUGUCCUAUAAUGAGGAGAUGACCUUUUGCCUACUAGGGAAGCCCUGGGAAUGUUAGGAGCUAGCUUGGUCAUAAGGGGGCAAUUGUAGACCAGUAUGGGAUUGGGAGUAGGGUUUAUACUGCAGUAACCAUUUUCUAUGCACAUGCUGAGUGCCUGAUUCUCUGCAAAGGGGAAAAAGUGCUGGAUGACUAGUAGGCCAUGAAGCUGAGUUCAGCCAGCAGAGUUCCAAAUUCUAAGAAGCAAAUUGUGGGAUUUUGGGGAAAGGCAUAGAUGUCUGCUUCUGCUACCAUCUUCCUUUUUUCUUUUUUUUUCCUCCUCUUUUUGUUUUUUGUUUUUGUUUUUUGCAGAGGUAGGGUGGUGAUUAGGCUAUAUCUCAAGAACUAGGAAUUCUCUGCUAGCUCCUUCCUCUUUUGUCGGCCUUGAAGGUGGAAAAUCUGAGCAACCCUUCCCAGGGUGUCUUUCCCUACAUCAUACUUGGGCCUGAUUUGUAUUUGAAAGAGAUGUUCCACUCAUUGUAAUAGCAAUGUGGGGAGAGAUUGGCAACAGAUGCCAUUUGGACCCUUGUGAAUGGCAGGCCUGACCCCCUCCCUGCAUUUGGGUGAAAACUUUCACCUGCACACACUGGAGUCAACUUAGCUUAAACUCUCUUCAAAGUAUAGACCAAGGAAUGAGUGUUGUGUGGGUCAAGCUCUCAUGGGGUAACAAAGGCACCAGUCAGAUGUGAGUUUUAGCUGCUUGACUUCCUCUUUGUUUCUUUUCUUCUCCUUUGGCUCCCUGGUAGAAUGCUCCCAUUUCCUUCUGUCCUUAGUUUGGAAACAUCCCAUAAUAGCUGUAAGGCCAGGCAGUCUUGCCCAUUGAGGUAAGGAGGGAGACAUUUUGCUGCCCUGUCUGCAAAAUGGGAAGUAUUUCCCCUUAAGUGCCAACUCCUAUGGUCUAGCUUGUAUAGGCCAAUGGGGAACAGGGAGGGGGCUCAGGGUGAGAUCAGUAUAUAUGGUGUGUAUGCUUGUGUUCUUUUAGAGGGAAGGAGGGAUAAGAGUUGUUUGGAGGCAUUUUUCUAAAGUAAAUCUGUGCUUCCUUCCGGGAAAGACUGUCCUGGCACAGUGAUGUGGCCUAAGGGAAGGGGAGGUGAUGGGGACAGAACCUCCAGGACUUGGUCUGUCCCCUCACACCUGGAGUGUAAGGGUGCUGGGCCCACCUGGAAAUGCACAAUGUUCCCUGCCUAGGCUUUCCUUCCUUCUCUCUGGUCAUUAUAGGAGUAGGGUGGCAUGAGGGAGCAGCAGUAGCUCCAGGCUGCCCCCUCUGGUUAGGGUGAUGAUGCAUGUGUCAGAGAGAGAGUGAGAGAGUUGGAUGAUGUGGUGGGGCCUCACAGUGCCUGGGAGGAGAUGGUGAAGAGGCUUUUCAUUACUGUAUAAAUGAAUAUUUGUAUGAUUAAAUUAACGCAGAAAAUCUA